AUUUGUUGUCUCAUCUCUAGCAAAAUUAAACACCCAAGCCUGUGUUCGUUUUGUGAUAAGGAUAACCAAAUGUUUUGUGACCAAAACAAAAAACAAGUAUUAUUACCUGUUUUGUAGACCAAAGUGAUAACGGUAAAAAUAUUACGGCACGGCAAAUAUUUGUGGAGUCUCGAGAAGUGAGAAGCCUGAACUCGAGUUAUACUUUUGUUAAUCAUACAGGAUGAAAACAGCAAAAAAAGUUAUCAUCAAAAUAGCUUCUGAUGAUCAAAUUACGGAUAAUUCGAGGAGGGGUAUAAGAACUCUGAGAGACAUACAGCAGCCAGCUAUUGAUAAGGAAAAUCUUGGCAGAUACACAUCUAUGAAGGACGUAAAAAUAAAUAAGAUAGAGAAAACAGAAACAAGAAAGCCAAAGUUGUUGAUGCAACAUAAAUGUAUACAAGUUGGAGAUAGUCUAAUAACUGCUGAAGAUUUAACAUCAGAUGAACCUAGUGCAGAUUAUUGGAAAAAAUUAGCAGAAACAACACAAGAUGCAUUGAACAGCAGCAUCCAAGAAAAUGAAAAGCUGAAAGAAGAUAUUGCAAUAUUACAGGAAGAAAACAAAGUUUGUAAAGAAAUGUUGGAAGAGAGUAAACAUCUUGUUGAAGUCUUACAGGUCGACCGAGGAUUGCGACUGAACAGAAUCGAAGAGCUUUGGUCAAAAUCUGCAAAUCAGGUAAACGAAACACUUUAAGGGCAGUUACCGCUCAGUGGAACAUAAAGUGUCGAAUGCAGGUUUCACGAGAAUGCUGUCGAAAAUACAUUCAUAAAUCUGGACUCAAAUUUUAUAAGGAAAUGAUCAGUGAGAAAGAUGAUGAUGAGCAAGAUACUGAAGAAAAUGCAGACUGAUGGUGACAAUGCCAGGUCACAUUAGGUUAUAAGUGACAUCACUUAGAUAUAGUUUAAACUUGUUAUACAUAUUUGUAGUGUCUACCUGAACAAAUUCUAACUGGUAGUUACCGGUUGGUUACUCUAUUCAAGAAUAAUUAUUAGUAGAUACUAAAUUUGAAAGUUAUGAGUUUAACUAUUUUUCCGAUAUAAAAUAUAUUAAUAUUGAAACUAAUUUUCAAACUGCCGAUUUAUAUAAAUCCAAGAUUAUUUUUUUAUAUAAUAAAGGUCUAAUACGCUAAAAA